AUGGAAAAUAAAAUUAACCGAAGUCAAAUCAAUAUAACUCUCGAAUUACCUAAAAAAUUAGAAAAACAUCUUAAAUAUUUAGAAACGGUUAGUAAACGACCGUUGGAUUUUAUCGUUCGCGAAGCUUUAAUUCAAUAUUUAGAAGAUGCGGAAGAUAUUACCAAAUAUUAUAAAAAAGUGAGUAAAAAUGAUGGUAAAACUUUGACUAUAGAAUGGAAGAAGUUGGCUUGGAAGAGUUUAGUCAAAAUUGACCGAAUAAUCGCCCAAAAAAUAAAAAUUGGGGUCGAAACUGAUUUGGCUCGCGACCCUUACCACAAAGGAAAACCGCUCACCGGUCAGCGAAAAGGUCAGUGGCGUUAUCGUUUCAGUAAUUAUCGAGUUAUUUACGAAAUUAAAGAACAAAAACUCUUAAUUGUAGUAGUAGAAGUGGUGGGUAGUUCACAAUAUAAAUUAAGAGUUAAUUUCAGUUUGCAAAAAAAAUCUGAGAUAAGGCUUUAUGCUGAGGGUAUGAGAAAAAACAAAGAUUUUAAUCAUUUAACCGAAACGGAAAUCAUUGAAAGGUUAGACCACAAAAAUUACGAAGGAGGAAAUAUUGGUUUACCGAAAAAUUCUACCUUGGAAGAAAGAACUAAAUAUAGAAUCUGCAAAACAAUUCUAACUUAUCAGUUAAAAAAUAAAUUACCUUUGGAACAAGUGGCUAAAAAGUUAGUUAUCUCCGAAGAAGAAUUAUACAAUAUUUGCCGAGGCAAAAUUAAUGAUUUUUCCCUAAUUCGCUUAGUAAAUUACUUAGAAAAAUUAGUUCCUGAUUAUGAACUAAUAGUAAUUAAUAAUCGCGAACAGUUAAAUCAACCAAAGUAA